GCUCCGCGGUCCUGCAACAGCCUUCUUCUCUGCAUACCCCGUCAAGCUCGCCAGCACGUCUUUCCGAGCGGCCCGAUAUCGUGCUAUUCUUAUCUGUAACACCGGCCAUCUUCCUUCGACCUGCAUCCCACGUUUCAAGCCGUGGAAUAUUUCACCUGAGAAGGGGCUGCUUUUUCUCCACGCAAUCGUAGCAGAGCUCCGCCCUCGCGCUUCCCGUGAGGCGAUCAUUGCACAUGCCGAAACACGCAUUCUCGGCCGUCACGGUCCAGAUUGACCGACUGACGAGCGAGCAAUAUGAGGAGAAUGAUAUUGGUGGAGUCGUGGAUCUGAUCGAGGUUAUCCGUAUCCAGGCAUCUGGACCGACCGAAGCAGCUCGAGCUUUGCGCAAGAAGCUCAAAUAUGGCAACGUACAUCGCCAGAUACGCGCUCUUGUCCUACUGGAUGCAUUAAUUCAAAAUGCCGGCACGAGGUUUCAGAAGACUUUUGCAGACGAGUCACUGUUGGAACGACUUCGCAUCCUAGCCAGGGACGAUACAGUCGACCCUGAUGUGCGGCAGAAAGCGAACGUCCUAUUUCGCGGAUGGGCCGUGGAAUACAAAGGAACGCCUGGUCUCGAACGAAUAGCGGCACUCCAUAAAGAACUGCCUCGCACCAAACGUCCCCAGCCACAGCAGUCUCGCAUCGUUCGGCAGCAAGACGCUGAAGCGGCUCGCGAACGCGAAGAGCACUCACAAUCUCCCCCCAGGAAUCGGCGACCUGAACCGCCUCAUACAUCGUCUUCAAAGAUGAGUACGCCCAUUGGACCAGGUGUCAGCGCCCCUCUUCCCAGCUCUUCCAUAUUCAAGAGGGACAAGAAGGACAAGAAGGCCAAGCGACAGCCGUUCAACCUGGAAAAGGAGAAGGGCCAAAUGCUCGAAACUAUGGCAGAGGCCAACGUUGCUAGUGCUAACCUCUUGAACGGGUUGCAACUCAUCAAUCGUGAGCAGCAGCGGGUCAGUGAAAAUGCAGAAGUCAUGCGUCGUUUCGAGACGUGCAAGCAACUCCGCCGUCAGAUUCUGCGCUACAUCCACCUUGUUGAGUCGGAGCAAUACAUAGGCGGUCUCCUUAACGCGAACGACGAGCUAGUCAAGGGCCUCAUGGCGUUUGAAAUUAUGGACAAGAGCAUCGAUGAUGACAGCGACAGCGAUAACGAGUCGGGCAAUGUGUCUGCUGCCGAGUCGGCCAUGGCCCACAUGAGUGUGAAUGAAUCUGCCCCGCCAAAGCCUCCACGACCAGUGAGCAUUCCCAUGCCCAAGGCUCGUGUGGAGCCGGAGAGUGAACCUGAAGAAGACGAAGAUGAUCCAUUUGGUGACAGCAACGCCAUCAAAACGCCGUUUGUUGAGAAAGGCCAGCCAACUUGGAGGGAUGUGUAGCAUGUGUGACAACGUGAUGCGAAGGCCAUAUUUGCGGCAAUCAUCGUGUUUUGCGGAUACCCUUUCCUAUGGGUUCGUCAUUUAGCUAGAUAUGAUAAGGCGCGACAAA